GCAGCAGUUGAAUUAGAGUUUAAGAUACACAUUGGUAACCGUUAGAUAGUUAUGGUUUGUCGCUUUAACUUAAUUUGAGGAUUGACUGUUUUCCAGUUGUACAUUUUAGCAUGUUGCCCUCGGUCGUUCGCCAUAUGGAUUUAUUCAGCUGACUGCUUGUUGGGGAUUUAAGGUUAUGCGCUAUUAUCUAGCUAACAAACUAGCAAUCCUAGUUGUUUACCUCCGUUGUAAAAAUGAUCGUGGCAUUUCAAACUCUUUGUCCGUAACGCGUAUUGUAAUAAAUAGCUAAUGAUGUUAAGGUAUUCAUUUUGGCCAGGUAGCAAUUCAGCCUCUUAAAACUGGUUUCCGCACCAUCUCACCCGUGGCAGCGGUGAUAAAACAUAAACGAGAACAGUUUCGUCUGGCUCAUAGCUUGCAAGGAUGUUAGAGGGUCCCUAUGGUCCGGAGCGUGACAAACCUCUGUUCAGGCUGCGGUUCACCUCCUUUACUGUUGGAACGGUAUGUCUGCCGCUGGUCGGCUUGACCUCUUGCCUCUUCAUUUCCUGGUAUUACCAUUUUGAGGACUCCACAGAGACCCACUGCAAGGUUCCCAACUACCUCCCCUCCAUCAGCGCCUCCAUAAGCCUUACCCCAGAGCGUUACAUCUGGCGUUUCUGCAUUGGCUUGCACUCAGCGCCCCGCUUCCUGGUGGCAGCGGCCUACUUCAGCUUCUACCGGGCACGCUUCACCAGACGCUUUCUCGAGAUGCUGCUCAGUUUCCUCGCCCUGGCCUGCGCCCUCAGCGAAAAUCUUGGCCUUCUGCUGCUCACCUAUGUGUCCUCAAACGAGACGUAUAGUAUCCAUAAAAAGGGGUUCAUUUUGUUCAUCGCCAGUGCACUUGUCCAUAUGUUGAUCACCUGUAGGCUGUGGCAUGUUAUUAAGAAGUAUGUAGGAGGUUCAGAGGAGGAGAAAUCGUACAACUACAAAAUCCGUCUCUUUGCCCUCAAUAUGUGCUUCUGUGCCCUAGCAGGCUGCUUUUACUGGAAGCACAACAAGUACUGUGAGCCAGGAAUCUACACGCUUUUUGCUCUCUGUGAGUACGUGGUGGUGUUCUCCAACAUGGCCUUCCACAUGACGGCCUUCUGGGACUUUGGGAACAAGGCAGUGACGGUUAUCACGCCGCCCGAAGACAAGUACUUCUGACAUGCGCACAAAGGCGCAGGCAGCUGAGGAAGGAAACUGCUCGCUCUUUCCCUUGGAAUUGUGGGAACUCUGAGGGAGGCGUUCGGAGGAGCAGCUCUUUUACGUUAUCCGUCAAAUUUUGAUGGAUCACAUUUCAUUUCAAAGUUUGCCUCUAUGCAUGGGUUACCACAGAGUCAUUAUGGUAUACUGAGAAGCCAGUGGUUUGCUUGGUGUGUUUUUUCCAUAAACAGAGUAUACCAACGAGUGUGUCCUUGGCAGGGCAAACACUUAGACUUGAUAUUCACCUAUUGCAGUUUUUGAAAGAUCAGUGUAUAAGAGUAGCACUUUCCCUUCUGUGUCUCAGCAAACAAAUUGCUCUUCCCUGUGUUUUUGUCUUUUCACCAUCAGCCACAUAACAGCCCCUCCUCGCAGACUUCUCACUGAAAGGAGUUUUUGUCUUCCAUUAAAUAAGCACAUGUGUAGCGCUCUUCCUCAUUCAUAAACAAAGUUUCUUUCUGGAUUCCCUUCAAGCCAACUCCUGAACCACAAACUCAAGACCAAAAACUCAAGUGCCAUUCUGGGCUCUCAACCAGACACAUAGCACUUCUUCUUUCCCAUAUCUGUGCAGGGCUUGCCAAAGGUCCCUCUCGGCACAAAUUGCAGGAUGCCCCUGGAACUGGUCCUCCAAAAGGCCUGUCUGUGGUGUUCCUUACAUGUCUGCUAACGCCUGCCCAAUCCAGUGUCUCAGACUGUUGUCAUCUGUAAAGGAGCAGUCAAUUUAGUUCCAUUUCAAACUUAAGUGGUGGAGUUGGACUCAUGUAACUCGAGAGGCACUACAGAUGGUUUUAUUGUUGUCCUUUUUCCUCUGUCUUUUAUCUUCAGCUAUUGUAUUUUUUUUUAAACAUAACAUUCAUAGACUUAGACCAAAGUCCCUCCCAGGUACAGUGAGUGUUACAGUGGUGAGCAAAAUAUCUGUGAGUGCAAAGCUGGGAAAUGUCUCUUGUUGGAGUGCCAACUACAUGUACUACUUAUGGAGGCUCUGUCUGAUAGAU